UCUGUGUCACUCUGCUCUAAAACCCUGGGGGAACAUGGUCUCUGCUGAACUCUGAGAGGACAAUUGUCUCGCGCCAAGGAAGAACUAUCCUGCUUUACUCUGACACUUUGGAAGUAUGCAAUAAUACAGCUGGUUUUGCCUCCACUGGAGUAUAUGGGAUGUUCCAAGGGAGGCACAGUGGUGGAUGACUGCAUUUGAAGGCUGGACUGACAGAGUGGAGAGCGAACUUUAGGAUGAGGGAGACAACAUUCCUCAGUCUAUGUGAUAUUGUCCAGCAACAGUGUCAUUACAGGGAAGCACUGUCUGUGGAGCAGCCUGUUGCCAUUUGUCUGUGGAGGGCUUGCCACUAAUGUAGAGUACCGAACAAUCUUGUUAUUGUUUGGUCUAGGUUUGUCAACUGCAUGCACAGUCACUAAUCAAAUUGCCAGUCUCAUCCGGGAGAAAAUGUUACACCUUCAUAUCAAGACACCAACUGAGGCUGAGUUCAGAGACAUAGUAACAGAUUCCUGGACCGUCAACCAGGAUCAGAUAUAGCUAGCUUCCCUCUCCACUGGCCCCAAGAUGGAGGUGAUGAGGACCUUCAACCAGCCUCCAACCUCCAGCCAUCCAACCCCCACUCUUAACGACUCAGACACCUGCAUUACCCUGUACAACCACCGGGGUUAUGCCCGAGUCCUCAUGCCCCUCUUCUACUGCAUCGUCUUCUCCGUGGGGUUGCUGGGCAAUGCCCUGGCCUUCCACAUCAUCCGCCCCAACGUGAAGAAGAUGAACUCCACCACGCUCUACUCCGCCAACCUGGUCAUCUCCGACAUCCUGUUCACACUAUCACUACCGUUACGGAUAAUCUACUACGCCCUGGGCUUCCACUGGCCCCUGGGGGAGGCCCUGUGUAAGAUCACAGGGCUGAUCUUCUACAUCAACACUUACGCCGGGGUCAACUUCAUGACCUGCCUCAGUGUGGACCGGUUCAUUGCUGUCGUCUUGCCGCUCCGAUUCGCACGCUUCCGUAAGAUCUCCAAUGUCCGGUACAUUUGUGUCGGGGUGUGGUUGCUGGUCUUAAUGCAAACUCUGCCCCUCCUCUCCAUGCCCAUGACUAACGAGGAACCUGAUGGCUUCAUCACCUGUAUGGAGUAUCCCAACUUCGAACCGGUGCCCAACAUCUCCUAUAUCCUGAUUGGCGCCGUAUUCCUAGGCUACGGAGUCCCCGUGGUGACCAUCCUGGUGUGCUACUCCAUACUGUGCUAUAAACUCCGCCUCGCCGCCAAGGCCAAUCAGCUGACGGACAAGUCGGGGCGCAGCCAAAAAGCCAUCGGGGUGAUCUGCUGCGUCUCCCUGGUGUUUGUGGUCUGUUUCAGCCCCUAUCACAUGAACCUCCUCCAAUACAUGAUCCGAAAGCUGAUCUACACACCAGACUGUGCUGAACUCACAGCCUUCCAGAUCUCCUUACACUUCACUGUUUGUCUGAUGAACCUCAACUCCUGCCUGGAUCCAUUCAUCUACUUCUUUGCCUGUAAGGGUUACAAGAGUAAGGUGCUGAAGAUCCUGAAGAGGCAGGUGAGCGUGUCCUUCUCCAGCGCAGCACGGACAUUGCCCGAGGGGUCGUCCAGAGACGUCAACGAUGGUAUGAAGAUCCACCUCAACAGCACCAGACACAAACCGUGAGAGAAUGGUGAAAGGUGAGCCGACGACCAACCAACAGACCGGUGCGCCAAAGACCAACCAACAUAUUGGAGAGCCAACAACCAUCAAUCAGACCGGUGAGCCAACGAUCAGCCAACAGACCGGUGAGCCAAUGACCAGUCAACAACCAGUGAGAAUGAUGAGCCAAUGACCAAUAGUUCAGCAGCCAAAAAUCCGUUCCCAGCAGUGAGACAGAAACCAGCAAAUUGCCAGAGGAUCUCUGAGGAGAACUAUAACUGUAUAACUGAUUACAAGUUUAAAGAGGCAUCUCACCCCUUCUGGAAAUAGAGACACUGAUCUAGGAGAGCCCAGGUAGCAGACUGUUUCUGCAUCCAACAAAGUGCUUGCCUAUAUAAUGACAAGUUGAUCAAAAGAAGAAACACAUAAGAACAUUAUUAAACAGCAUGGCCACUUGCAUGAGAAGAUGUCUUGAAAUGGACAGCUGAAUAUUACUUAAUUGUUUCAGAGAUUCUGACCAAAGAAUGCAAAGCUUUGGACCAUUACAAUGCAGAGGAAUGAAGAUUAGAAACCAUGUUGAUUAUACUUUUUGUAUAUACACUUAAUGAAUUAUUCUUCAAAAUAACCUCGUGAUUAUUGAUAAAUGUAAAACAAAAAUAGUUCAACACCAUGUACUAAAUGUAACCAUGUCCCUCAAUUAAUUGAAUCAGGAUCAAUGACAUUUUUUACCAAGAUGUUCAAAUGUAUGAUUUGGUUUGUUCACAAUGGUUUCCCUCUGUUCUUGAUUAAUGUGAUUGUUGUAUGUGGCCAUCAAACCAUGUCAUUUUAAAUAAAUAAUAAAUAUAAAUAAAUUAUC